GAAGCCGGCGCCAUGGUGGAGAAGGAGGAGGCCAGCGCCGGCGGCAUCAGCGAGGAGGAGGCGGCACAGUAUGACCGGCAGAUCCGCCUGUGGGGCCUGGAGGCCCAGAAGCGGCUUCGAGCUUCCCGGGUGCUGAUUGUCCGCAUGAAAGGACUCGGGGCUGAAAUCGCCAAGAAUCUUAUCCUGGCGGGAGUGAAAGGACUGACCAUGCUAGAUCAUGAACAGGUAUCUCCAGAAGACUCUGGAGCUCAGUUCUUAAUUCAGACUGGGUCUGUGGGCCGAAAUAGGGCUGAGGCCUCUUUGGAACGAGCCCAGAAUCUCAACCCUAUGGUGGAUGUAAAGGUGGACACUGAGGAUAUAGAGAAGAAGUCUGAGGCAUUCUUCACUCAGUUUGAUGCGGUGUGCCUGACUUGCUGCUCCAGAGAUGUCAUUGUUAAAGUCGACCAGAUCUGUCACAGAAACAGCAUCAAGUUCUUCACAGGAGAUGUCUUUGGGUACCAUGGGUACACCUUUGCAAAUCUUGGAGAGCAUGAGUUUGUAGAAGAGAAAGCCAAAGUCGCCAAAGCUGGUAAAGGGGUAGAAGAUGGACCCGACAGCAAGAGAGCAAAGCUGGAUUCAUCCGAGACAACCAUGGUCAAAAAGAAAGUGCUUUUCUGCCCUGUGAAGGAGGCGCUGGACGUGGAUUGGAGUGGAGAGAAAGCCAAGGCCGCCUUGAAGCGCACAGCUCCAGACUACUUUCUGCUGCAAGUGCUGCUGAAAUUCCGCACAGAUAAAGGGAGAGAUCCCAGUUCUGAUAGCUACGGUGAGGACGCAGAGCUGCUGCUGCAGAUAAGAAAUGAUGUGCUCGACUCACUGGGCGUCGGUCCUGACCUGCUUCCCGAUGACUUUGUCAGGUACUGCUUCUCUGAGAUGGCUCCAGUGUGUGCUGUGGUUGGAGGGAUCUUGGCACAGGAAAUUGUGAAGGCCCUGUCUCAACGGGACGCUCCUCACAACAACUUCUUCUUUUUCGAUGGCAUGAAGGGGAGUGGAAUUGUGGAGUGCCUAGGUCCCAAGUGAGCCUGGUGCUUGGCAGCCCAGAGGUGUGUGCCUGCGUGCAUGUCUGUCACCUGCCGUCCUCCCAAGAAGGCGUGUCUGGAUGACAGAUGUUCCUAGAGCAUGUAGGCUGGACUUGAUCCUCCUUCUGUCCCAGCAGCUGCGGGCAGGCGGCUGGCCAGCUCGGGAGUGUGACCAUGCAAUAGCACCCUGUGCUGGCUGUCGUUGGGGACUGACAGUGUCGGUAGGGCAGCAGACAGGAGCAGGUCUUCAGCAGGGUGCGUGACCCAUUGGAACCCCGUGGUCAUGCACUUGUGCCCGCCCUGAAGGACUGAGGGAAGCCCGCAGUUACGGAGCCCUCAGCAGACUGUAGCCUUGACUGCAUUGGAGAGACCGUCACCCAGCUGUCUUACAACUUAAACCUUAGUGGAACUGUUCAUAUCUUUUAUUUUGGUUGUGGUCCUAUUAGCUUAACCUUUAAUGGCGGAGCCAUGUCUCAGCCCAAACUAUUUUUCCCCAAGACAGUGCUUCUCUGAGUAUCAGUUCUGGCUGUCCCGGAACUCACAGAGACCCCCCUGCCUUUCUCCAGAGUGCUAGGAUUAAAGGCAUGCACCACUGCCCGGCCCCACAUUUUAUGUCUAAAAGGGCAGUUUCAUUGCCAGUGGCCAUGAUGUGGGCCUGUGAUCCUAGAAGUUGAGAUGCAGGGUCAGGAGAGUCACUGUGAACACCUCUCCCGGUUCAUGGCCUUGGGCACCCAGGUCCUCAGGUGGGAGGGCUGAGUUGGUUUGGUCUUUUUGGGGUGGGACAACUUGUCUUCUCUAGUUCAUAGAUUCCCUUGGUUGUUGUGAGGAAUGAUAAUAAAGUAAUAAUGCGCUGAA